AAGAACUGACCCGAUAUUUCGUCUAGCUGAGAAGCCUUUCACCAGGAGUGAACAAACAGCAGAACUGACAUCGGACGUGGAAUUACUGUGGUUAGACAUAAAAGCACCAAAAUGCCGCCGACAGUUUCCGAUAACUCCGGAAAUGCCUCCAAAUCAGGACUUUUUGAGGAGAUUGAAGCAACUCUGAAGAAAAGAAUUAUGAUUUUUGAUGGUGGAAUGGGCACUAUGAUCCAGAAUGAAAGACUUGAAGAAGAGGAUUUCCGUGGGGAUAUUUUCAAAGACCAUACUUUGAACUUGAAAGGAAAUAAUGAUAUUCUCAGUUUGACUCUACCAGAAACUAUUUACAAACUUCACAAAGCUUACCUUCUUGCAGGGGCAGACUUUGUAGAAACAAACACUUUCAGCGGCACAUCAAUUGCUCAAGCUGAUUAUGGGCUGGAGAAAUAUGUCUACAGAUUAAAUGUUGAGUCUGCUCAAGUGGCGAGACGAGCCUGCGAAGAUGUCACCAAAGAAACAGGUGUCAAACGGUAUGUUGCUGGUGCUAUGGGCCCUACCAACCGGACUUUGUCCAUCUCUCCAUCUGUGGAGCAACCUGAACUUAGGAAUGUCACUUUUGAUGAGCUUGUUGAUGCUUACACUGAACAAGCAAAAGGACUUCUUGAUGGGGGUGCUGAUGUAUUGCUGGUGGAAACGAUAUUUGACACAGCAAAUGCCAAGGCUGCUUUGUAUGCCAUUGAGAACGUCUUCCUCUCUGGUUAUGAAAAAGUUCCCAUCUUUAUAUCUGGCACAAUUGUCGACAAGAGUGGUCGCACACUGUCCGGCCAGACAACAGAGGCAUUUCUUGUCAGUGUCAAUCAUGGUCUUCCUAUGUGCAUGGGGCUCAAUUGUGCCCUGGGAGCUCAAGAGAUGAGACCGUUUGUUGAGGCAGUCAGCAAGAACACCAUGUCAUACGUUCUGUGCUAUCCCAAUGCUGGUUUACCAAACACAUUCGGAGAAUAUGACGAAACCCCUGAAAUUACUGCAUCACAAGUGAAGGAGUUUAUGAAGGAUGGACUCAUCAAUAUCAUUGGUGGUUGUUGUGGCACAACUCCUGAACAUAUAAGGGCAAUAGCAGAUACAUCCAAAGCCUUCAAACCGAGGGUGCCACCAACAGAUCUGCAUUCUGGACAUUUGUGUCUGUCAGGUCUAGAGCCUUCUUACAUUACACCCUUGACGAACUUCGUGAACAUUGGAGAAAGAUGCAAUGUUGCUGGUUCAAAAAGAUUCUGCAGACUCAUUAAGACAAGAAAGUUUGAGGAAGCUCUGAAUGUGGCCAAGGUGCAGGUGGAGAACGGUGCCCAGGUCAUCGACAUCAACAUGGACGAAGGCAUGUUGGACGGGGUGUCUGCCAUGACCACCUUUGUCAACCUUAUAGCUUCUGAGCCAGAGAUUGCCAAGGUGCCUUUGUGUAUUGACUCCUCCAACUUCGACGUGGUGAUGGCAGGCCUGAAGUGUGCCCAGGGCAAGUGCAUUGUCAACAGUAUCAGCUUGAAAGAGGGAGAGACAGAGUUCCUGCGCAAGGCGAAGAUUGUUCAGCAGUAUGGAGCAGCAGUUGUAGUUAUGGCCUUCGACGAGGAAGGGCAGGCCACGGGCCGUGAGCACAAAGUAGCCAUUUGCACACGUUCCUAUAAUUUGCUAACUCAGAAGCUGAACUUUAACCCUAAUGACAUCAUAUUUGACCCCAACAUUCUUACCAUCGCCACUGGUAUAGAGGAGCACAACACUUAUGGGAUCAGCUUUAUUGAAGCCACUGCUGACAUCAAGAGAACCUUGCCAGGCGCCAGAGUCAGUGGGGGCGUGUCCAAUUUCUCCUUCUCAUUCCGUGGCAUGGAAGCUGUGCGAGAGGCCAUGCACAGUGUUUUUCUGUACCAUGCCAUCAAGGCUGGUAUGGACAUGGGUAUCGUCAACGCAGGAGCCCUCCCUGUGUAUGAUGACAUUGACAAGGAGCUGCUUCAGCUGUGUGAGAACUUGUUGUGGAACAAAGAUCCCGACGGCACUGAGAAGUUGUUGGCGUACGCACAGAGUAUGACUCAGGGUACCAAAACCAAAGCUGCGGAGGACGAAUGGAGACAGCAAGGUGUGGAGAGUCGUAUCUCUCACUCCAUUAUUAAGGGCAUUGACAAAUAUGUCAUUGAAGACACAGAGGAAGCAAGGCAGAAAAGCGAUCUUUACCCAAGACCUUUGAAUGUUAUUGAAGGCCCCCUCAUGGCGGAACCCAGCUACCAAGGCACAGUUGUACUGGCCACCGUCAAGGGAGACGUUCACGACAUUGGCAAAAACAUUGUGGGUGUGGUGUUGGGAUGUAACAACUUUAAGGUUAUUGAUCUUGGUGUGAUGACUUCUUGCGAAAAGAUCAUUGAGUCAGCCAUCAAGGAGAAAGCAGAUUUCAUUGGUAUGUCUGGUUUGAUCACUCCUUCCUUGGAUGAGAUGAUCUACAAUGUCAAAGAAAUGAACCGUAUUGGCAUGAAACUUCCCGUCUUGAUUGGAGGAGCCACAACAUCAAAGCAGCACACAGCUGUGAAGAUUGCCCCUCGGCAUUCUGCUCCAGUGGUUCAUGUCUUGGAUGCUUCAAAAUCAGUCGUAGUGCUUUCAGCCCUCUUGGAUGAAAAUACAAAAGAUGAGUUCCUAGAUGAGACUGCGGAGGAAUAUGAAGAAAUCAGAGAGGAGCACUAUGACUCCCUCAAGGACAGGAAAUACCUGCCUUUGGAGAAGGCCAGAGAAAAGAAGUUGGUCAUUGACUGGACCUCUACUCCAGCACCAGUGAAACCAACAUUCAUUGGUGUGAAAAAAUUUGAAGACUUUGAUCUGAAUAUCCUGAUACCCUACAUUGACUGGAAGCCAUUUUUCAAUGUCUGGCAGCUGAGAGGGAAGUAUCCAAACCGUGGAUACCCCAAGAUCUUCAAUGACAAGGAAGUUGGAUCGGAGGCAAAAAAAGUGUUCGAUGAUGCCCAGAAGAUGAUUGAGAAGACCAUCAAAGAAAAGAAAUUACGAGCAUCUGGCACAAUAGCUUUCUACCCGGCCAACAGUGUGGAAGACGACAUUGAAGUCUACAAUGAGAAUGGAGAAACGAUUGCAACAUUGUUUGGCCUUAGACAGCAGGCUCUGAAAGACGCAGCUGACAACUCUGCUUACUUGUGUCAGUCGGACUUCCUCGCCUCCAAGGAAAGUGGCGUCACAGACUACAUAGGAAUCUUUGCCUGCACCGCUGGUCUGGGCACAGAGGCAUUUUGCAAAGAGUACGAGGACCAGUUUGAUGACUACAACAGCAUAAUGGUCAAGGCCAUCGCUGACCGCUUGGCUGAGGCCUUUGCGGAAUACCUGCACGAGAGGGUGAGACGAGAGUACUGGGGCUACUCCAAUGAAGAGAAACUUGAUGCAGAGGACUUGCAUAAAAUCAAAUACCAGGGAAUUCGACCUGCAGCAGGUUACCCUAGCCAGCCGGACCACACAGAAAAGCGCGCAAUGUGGGAACUUAUGCACCCUGAGGAGGUGGGCAUCACACUGACAGACUCCCUGGCCAUGAGCCCAGCGUCAUCUGUCUCAGGCAUUUAUCUGGCCAACCCUCAGUGUACAUACUUUGCCACUGACAAACUUGGGAAAGAUCAGGUGACUGACUAUUCAAAGAGGAAGAAUAUGGAUCUGAAGACUAUGGAGAAAUGGUUGAAUUCCACCCUUGCCUAUGAGACUGACUAAUUGUUUUGAUACUUGUUUAAAAUUAGUAUUUUUCUGUCUGAAAGUGAUACCAACAUACCUCAGGAAUUUUUAAAUAAUGUUGUGAGAUGCAUUAUUUCAUAUUUUUAUGUGUUUCACAUAUAUCACGGGGAUUUUUUUCAUUGGUAAAAAAAAUUUUCUCCGAAAAUGUGAUCUAAAUAACAUGGCUAAAAAGUAAUAUAUUUUUCACUUCAGCACCAAAGUUCAAAAAGAUUCCAUAUGUAUAAACUGUGCCAUAGUCAGUUGACCAAGUACACCAACACUCUCAGUCCAUAUUGGGAGUCCAGAAAAGUCAAGAGUCAAGUUUGAUCUUCAUGUGUAUGCCCUUGGCUCACUGUAUAUUUUCUUGUUGACGAGUACUUGACUUCUUUUGAUGAGAAAAUCUGGAAAUGAGUUUUAUGAAUAUUUCCCCCUUGUUGUCUGUAAUUUAUGAAGAUGUCAGAGGUUUCAAGUGCCACUCUGCUUCUGAGGUUUUUUCAUACUAUCUGGACCAACUGCCUGUCGGAGGGAUACAGAAAGAGUUUAUCGAAGUUCUUGGUUGCAUGUAGACGCAUUUCACAGUGUACAGUAUAACAUGGAUAGCUCGAAUUCGUCGGGACCGGGCUCGGUAGUUUGAAGGAUUCAUAGUUAGUUUGAGCGAUAUCUUACAAAGAUAGAGAAGCAGAAAAAAAUGGAAUUCAGGCACAGUUCGACGAAGGUGGGAUUUUGAGUCUUCUGUGUUUGAUCUAUAUCCGUGUUAAAUUGUUGUUUUUUUUUAGCUUUUUGUGAAUGGUGAAAACAGCAGUGCUGUAUUAUGAAGAGAGUCAAGGAGUGAAAGGAAACUUUUUCUAUGGAAGUGAAACUUUUAAACAUGAUGAACAGUUACAGUUAUUGCUGGGCAUUUGUUUUUUACCUGUGAGUGUUAAUAAAGACUUCUUGUUUGGAGGGAGCCUUAAGUGUGAGAAAGAGUUGUCACAUUGUAUUGAAUUGGAAGGGGGGGGGGAGGUUGGGGUCAUGUUAAAGACAUGUUUUGAUUUGUUGAUUUUUAAUGCUGGAACAGAAGUUUACUUACUUCUGUGCUUUGUACUUAUUUGCCAUGUUAAUUUUACUACCAUUUUGUUUUUAUUAAAGCUCCAGGCUUGUCAAAGUGGGGGUGGGAAAAGGGAAGGCUUUUUUUUUUUUCAGUAUGCCUCUAUAAUAAAUAUCCAAAUAGAUCAGAGUUUGGGCCUGAACACUUCUGUACAAUGUUAAAAAUUGUCUUUAAAGGACAUUACAUUAAAAUCUUGAAAUGUGCAAUCAACAGAACUGUAUGGCUUUUCUCUCUUUCAUUCUGUUUGGUUGACAAGGAGAGUAAUGUAUGAUUUGCCAGGGAAAGGAAUCAGUGACUGCAUCCAUUCGCCACAAACUUAUGAGGUGUAUUUGGGAAUUAAAUUGUAUAACACCUCAUGAGCUUCCCUCAACAGUCAUUUUUAUAUUUCGAUGUGGAGAGAAAUGGCUGCUCCUACACCAUUACAGCCUUUUUUUAAUAAACCCACUUAAUUAUGGAAUCUCUCAUACUUCGACCCUGAGUAAAGGAAAGCCUCGGUUCCCUUUUUUUUCUUCAAAUAAUAAUUCCCUAAUACAUGUAUUAUUAAAAUAGACUGUUUUUCUGAAGGUAGUUGCAGAAGACAUAGCAUGAAUAUUGUUUCAUAAAGUUUCUAUCACAUGCAUCUGAAUUUUUUUAACUUUUUAUUUUUAAAUAUUCAGAAAAAGCAUACAGGAAGAAAGUCUAGAUCUAGUAUAGUUGUCGUUUUUUUCAUAAGCAGACCUUCUUGUUAAUUUCAUAUGAUAUGAAACUGGACAAUUAAGAAGUAUUAUUUGUUUUUAAAUAUUUUGUAGCACAUCGUCUUUAUUUCUACAUAUUUUCGCGUGAAAUUUUUUUGUACACAAUGACUGUUAUACAGUUAUUAUUACUAUGUCCCUCUUAGUGCAAACAUUUGCAUUUGAUCCGUUUACAUCUUGUGCAUGUAUUUUGUCAGUGCGUCACCAAUUUGGCUUGUAGUAUAUUCGUCCGAUGAGUAAAUAAUGAUAUUUUCAACCAUCGCGUGAAGUCAUGUUCAUCGACUUCCUUUACAUUGUUUGCAGGUAAACAUAAUGUAUGCUGGCAAUGUAGCCUCUGCAAAUUCUAACAGGAAAGGUUUCCAGUGCUUCCUGCUGGAGAACUGUCAAGAGGAAAAAUGCUUUGUUCAAAGGAGUUCUCCUUUAACAGGUGUGUGUGUGCUUAUGCAUACAUUACCAUGCGGAUGUCAUAAACUUUUUGUGUGUGAACAUAACGUAUGUUCAGUAAGGCUUUCAUUCAUGUAUAUUCAAUGUGAGGUCUACUUUUUUUUUUUUUUUUGUGAAGAUGCAAGCAGGCUCAUAUUUUCAUUUGAAUUUAUUUUUUUUUGUGCGUUGUCACUUUGUUCAUUCCGAAGUGCCCACGGUAGCUAACAUGAUUUGGAAAAACAUUUGGAAUCUCUGUGUUUGUGAACCUUGAUUUUUAACUUCUUUAUCAUAAUGAAUAAGCUUUUAUUAGUGUUUGUUUGGUUUUGCUGCUGGGAAAAUUGUGGCUGUGCAUGAGAAUUAAAAUAUUCAGUUCUUGGCAUUGUAAAUGAUCAGCACUCUGCAUUGCUUGAGGAAAAAUAAUUUAUAACUUGUUUUUGAGGUGUCAGUAUGUAUAUAAAUAUGUCAAAAGCCAUGUGUAUGCACCAGUAAAAAAGGUGGUAGCGGUAGUUUCAAAAGGGGGAUGGGUAGUGUAUGGGAGGAGAAAAGCUUGAUUUUGAAGUAGAACUUGGGGGGGGGGGGGGGUGUCUGCACCAAAUUAUGUAUUAUUUACUGUUUCUGGUUUGUGGAAGUUUUUAUGCAGUCUGACCUGAUUCACUGAGUAAUUUAGGUUGAAAAUAUUCCCCCCUCUCUCCAACUGUAAAAUCAACCCCCCUCCACACCCCACGCCCCGAAAAACGACCACUACCAUUUCAAAAUCAAGCCUCCCUGUGUUUAUCUGACUAAAUGUGCAUUACUUUUUGCAACUGGUUUCAAACAUGUCUCUUACAGUGAAAACUAUGCUGUUUUGCUGUUCCACCAUCAAUUUUUCCUUUCUUCAAUUUUUUUAUUUGAUUGUCUUAAAUUUAUGUAGGCCUAUAAGGUCGCUCUUUGACUGCCAGUCUCUCUCUCUCUCUCUCUACAUGAUGUAUAUAUAUCUCUCUUCUUUUAAAAAAAAUAAUCUACAGCACAAGUGUUAGUAUGCAAUCAUGUAUUUAUUUUGCUUGAAUGAGGCUACUUCUCACAUUCGUCAUCUUGAAUCUUUGUUGUUUGGUCAAACCACAAACGUUAGCAUCGACCUUGAGCUUAACACAUGAUCAGGUACUAGGGCCCACUGCUUGGAUCUGGAUGACAGACUUAAGCUGAUCAAAAACGUAAUAACAGAGUCUUUUCAUUUAGACAAUUUGCCAUGACAUUAAACACUUUCUACCUACGCUUCCGACUGAACGACACAUCUAGGAAUUAUUACUUUACGUGCACACAUGUAUGACUGUAUUUUUUCCAUCAAAGUUGAGGACUUUUGAUAAAUACACAAAUUUGUUAUAAACGUUAAUGCUUCAUGUGAAUAAAGAUUGUGAUUAGCAAAUUGAA